AUGUCGACGCUGGCCCCCCUGCGUCUGCUGCGCGAGCCCUCGAAUGCCAGCGAGGGCAACCACAGCAACGCCACGGUCGGGGCCAGCGGCGGCUGGUGCCAGGGGCUGGACAUUCCCAACGAGCUGUUCCUGGCGCUGGGGCUGGUGAGCCUGGUGGAGAACCUGCUGGUGGUGGCAGCCAUCCUGAAGAACAGGAACCUGCACUCGCCCACCUACUACUUCAUCUGCUGCCUGGCGGUGUCGGACAUGCUGGUGAGCAUCGGCAACCUGGCGGAGAUGCUCUUCAUGCUGCUGCUGGAGCACGGGGUGCUGGUGAUGCGCCCCAGCAUCGUCCGCCACAUGGACAGCGUCAUCGACACGCUCAUCUGCAGCUCCGUGGUCUCGUCCCUCUCCUUCCUGGGGGUCAUCGCCGUUGACCGCUACAUCACCAUCUUCUACGCGCUGCGCUACCACAGCAUCAUGACCCUGCAGCGCGCCGUGGUCACCAUGGCCAGCGUCUGGCUGGCCAGCACCGUCUCCAGCACCGUCUUGAUCACCUACUACCGCAGCAACACCGUCCUCCUCUGCCUCAUCGGCUUCUUCCUCUUCAUGCUGGUCCUCAUGCUGGUGCUCUACAUCCACAUGUUCGCCCUGGCCCGCCACCACCUCCACAGCAUCUCCAGCCAGCAGAAGCCACCCACCGCCCACCGUGGCGGCAGCCUGAAGGGCGCCGUCACCCUCACCAUCCUCCUGGGCGUCUUCUUUAUCUGCUGGGGGCCCUUCUUCUUCCACCUCAUCCUCAUCGUCACCUGUCCCACCAACCCUUUCUGCACCUGCUUCUUCAGCUACUUCAACCUCUUCCUCAUCCUCAUCAUCUGUAACUCGGUGAUUGACCCUCUCAUCUACGCCUUCCGGAGCCAGGAGCUCCGGCGGACGCUGCGGGAGGUGGUGACGUGCUCCUGGGCCCAUCACCGUCGCCUUUGUUCUCGGGCCGCGCCCGCCGCCGCCCACCUCAGCACCGGCACCGGCACCGUCCCCGGUCCCGCGGGGGAGACCGGCAACCGGGACCCGCAAGGUGGCUCUCCCUUCUGGGAGGUGAUCAGCGACGAGCACGGCAUCGACCCCAGCGGCAACUACGUGGGGGACUCGGACCUGCAGCUUGAGCGCAUCAGCGUCUACUACAAUGAGGCCUCUUCUCACAAGUACGUGCCUCGCGCCAUCCUGGUGGACCUGGAGCCGGGGACGAUGGACAGCGUGCGCUCGGGUGCCUUCGGCCACCUCUUCCGCCCUGACAACUUCAUCUUCGGGCAGAGCGGUGCCGGGAACAACUGGGCCAAGGGGCACUACACGGAGGGGGCCGAGCUGGUGGACUCGGUGCUGGAUGUGGUGCGGAAGGAGUGCGAGAACUGCGACUGCCUGCAGGGCUUCCAGCUGACCCAUUCCCUGGGCGGCGGCACCGGCUCGGGCAUGGGCACGCUGCUGAUCAGCAAGGUGCGGGAGGAGUACCCCGACCGCAUCAUGAACACCUUCAGCGUGGUGCCGUCCCCCAAGGUGUCCGACACGGUGGUGGAGCCCUACAACGCCACGCUGUCCAUCCACCAGCUGGUGGAGAACACGGACGAGACCUACUGCAUCGACAACGAGGCGCUCUACGACAUCUGCUUCCGCACCCUCAAGCUGGCCACCCCCACCUACGGCGACCUCAACCACCUGGUGUCGGCCACCAUGAGCGGCGUCACCACCUCCCUGCGCUUCCCCGGCCAGCUCAACGCCGACCUGCGCAAGCUGGCCGUCAACAUGGUGCCCUUCCCGCGGCUGCACUUCUUCAUGCCCGGCUUCGCGCCGCUGACGGCGCGCGGCAGCCAGCAGUACCGCGCCCUCACCGUGCCCGAGCUCACCCAGCAGAUGUUUGACGCCAAGAACAUGAUGGCCGCCUGCGACCCCCGCCACGGCCGCUACCUCACCGUGGCCACUGUCUUCCGUGGCCGCAUGUCCAUGAAGGAGGUGGACGAACAGAUGUUGGCCAUCCAGAGCAAGAACAGCAGCUACUUUGUGGAGUGGAUCCCCAACAACGUCAAGGUGGCCGUAUGCGACAUCCCGCCGCGGGGGCUGAAGAUGUCCUCCACCUUCAUCGGGAACAGCACGGCCAUCCAGGAGCUCUUCAAGCGCAUCUCGGAGCAGUUCACGGCCAUGUUCCGCCGCAAGGCCUUCCUGCACUGGUACACGGGCGAGGGCAUGGACGAGAUGGAGUUCACCGAGGCCGAGAGCAACAUGAACGACCUGGUGUCCGAGUACCAGCAGUACCAGGACGCCACGGCCGAGGAGGAGGGCGAGAUGUACGAGGACGACGAGGAGGAGUCGGAGGCGCAGGGCGCAAAGUGCCCCCCGCCGCGCCCGGCACUGCCCGCGGCCCCCCGGCUUCGCGCUGCUGCAGCCCCAGGUGCUGCUCCCCCCGCCGUCCCCUCAGUGUCUCCUGACCCCAUUCCCCCCUGAGCCGGCUCGGCCC